AAGUGUCCUCACAUUUGAAAGAACUGUAGCUUGCUAACUGGUGGACGUAAAUGGACAGGUUAACGUUAGAUAGCUUGGAGCUGGUUUGGAGCUUUUACCUCCCCCUGUGUGUCGCGGUGAGCAGUGAUGGAGCAGUUAUAGGUGUUGGUGGAAACAGAGAGAGAGAUGGUCCCUUAACAGUCUGACCUGAAGAAAAACAACAGUCAGCCAGCAGUCCAAAGCUGCAAAUGGAGAAUGGAGACCUGGGUCACAUGAUGGGGGAGCCCGUGACUCUGAAUGUGGGCGGCUGUGUGUACAGCACGUCUCUGUCCACGCUGCAGCGCUAUCCAGACUCCAUGCUGGGAGCCAUGUUCGGAGGAGACCUGCCCACCGUCAGGGACGCAAACGGAAACUACUUCAUUGACCGUGAUGGCCUGCUUUUUCGCUACAUCCUCAACUUCCUCAGGACGUCAGAGCUGACGCUGCCGUGCGACUUCAAGGAGACAGAGUUGCUCAGGAAGGAGGCUGACUUCUAUCAGAUCGAGCCCCUGAUCCAGUGCCUGGGAGACCCCAAACCCCUGCUUCCCUACCCCACUGACACUUACGAGGAGGUGGUGGAGCUGUCCAGCACCAGGAAGCUGUCCAAGUACUCCAACCCUGUCGCAGUCAUCAUCACCCAGCUCACCAUCACCACCAAGGUCCAUGCAUUGUUGGAGUCCAUCUCCAGUGGUUUCACAAAGUGGAACAAACACAUGAUGGACACCAGAGACUACCAGGUGUCCUUCACCUUCGGACCAUGUGACCAUCAACAGGAAGUCAGCCUGCGUGUCCACCUGCUUGACUUCAUCUCCAAAGCUGGUUUCACAAUACGCAACACACGUGUGCACCACAUGAGCGAACGGGCCAAUGAGAACACGGUUGAACAUCAUUGGACGUUCUGCCUACGUGCCCGCAAAGUCGCAAACUGAUGGAUGAACUGAUGGAGACAGAUUUGUUGAGAGACAGAAGAUGGUCAGGGUGUCUGCAGACAGACAGACAGACAGACAGAGAGACUUAUUUGUGGAGGCUUUGUUGUUAGGUGUUAAUGUUUUGUAUAACAUGUGUUGUUUUUGAAUCACAAAGAAGUCCUUUUUUUUUGGAAAGUAAAGUCAUUUUUGGAAAGUGUUUUCUCAGCACAAGGUGAGGUUACUGAAGGCUAGCACAUUAGCUACAUGUAGUAUAUUAUGAUGAGACGUUUUGGAAUCACAUGCUCACGUGUAGCUGCAAUGUUUGGGUACAAGUUUGUCCACAUACUUUUGGCCACAUACUGUAAGGUAGCUACAUAAUGGGCAUAUCAGCAGUAUCACAAAUCUGUUGUAGUAAUUGCAAAUUAAACACUCUGGAAAAUUCUGA